AGGAAACUACCGUUCGGUUCUAGAGAAAGCGAAGAAAAAAAAAUGGCAGGAAGAUUGAGCAAUGUAGCAUCAAAGCUCAUGGGCGGAAACGGCAUCGUUUCACGCUCCGCUGCCUCCUCUCUCCGUCUCCGUUCCGGCAUGGGUCUCCCUGUUGGCAAACAUAUUGUGCCCGACAAGCCUCUUUCUGUAAAUGACGAGCUAAUUUGGGACAAUGGAACUGCCUUCCCAGAACCUUGCAUAGAUCGAAUCGCUGAUACUGUCGGAAAGUAUGAGGCAUUGGCUUGGAUGUGUGGUGGUUUGAGCUUCUUUGCAUCGUUGGGAUUCUUAGCUUGGUGGAAUGAUAAAGCCUCUAAGAUUCCAUUUGCACCUAAAGUAUAUCCAUAUGACAACCUGCGAGUGGAGCUUGGUGGAGAACCAUAGGUAGAUCUGUAUGAGCAAUUGUACGGUUCUUGUUGUCACUUGUCUCCCCAUGUGUUUCAUUUUACUUCUGGAACUCUGAACAGUUGAAUAAUGGAUUGUGGGUUUGUUGCUGAAGCAAACAUUUUGAACAAAUAUGCAUUUCCUCCUCGUCAUUUUAGGAUUGGUGCUAAAUCAUGAGAGAAUCAGAAUGUGGUGUGUGUGUGUGUGUGUGUGUGUGAUUAUUGGUGCUAAGCCAUUUUUAUGUUCAUCAAUGAAGGGCAAACAAAGGGUGAAAUUGCUUUC